AAUAUUCAAAAUGCUAAAACAAAAGAACCCAAUUUUUCUCAGUCAAACUUCCAUCUCCCCCUUAAAACCCCCAUAAUCACUGCUGCAAUGCUUAUCUAAACGUUAAGAAUUCUCUUCACUUCAAAACUUCAGUUUUGGCCUCCUGUUUCAGCUUGACAAAACGGAAAUGGAGAAGAGCCAUAGCGAAGACUUAAAAAUGCUUAUUGAUGUACUGAGAGAAGGCAAUGGCCAUGUAAUGGAGCUUGAAGCACACCUUUAUAACUACGAGACCUUCUCUUCUGAAACUUGUUUACUGUUAUCGAGUAAACUACAAUCUACAUUCGCCACAGCCAUCGCCAUUAUUAAGCUUAUGGAGCAGAGGGGCUUACCGUCACCACCGCCGUCUUCGGCCACUGAUAGCCCGCGAAGCCAAAGUUCUGAAAGAAGCUUUAAGGAGCAGGAGCGAAGGGAGAUGUGCAAGAAGAGGAAGAGUUUACCGAGGUGGAGCGAGCAAGUGAAAGCUUGUUCUGGUUCAGCCAUGGAGAUUCCAUUAGAUGAUGGGCAUAGCUGGAGGAAGUACGGGCAAAAAGACAUUCUUGGAGCUAAGUUUCCCAGGUGCUACUACAGAUGCACCUACCGUCACUCCCAUGGCUGUGUAGCCACCAAGCAAAUACAGCGCUCAGAUAAUAACUCCUCCUUAUUUGACAUCACAUACAGAGGAGCUCACACCUGCAACCAUGGCUUCCAGAAACCUUCUCCUCUAACUAAUGAACAGAUUAUCCAUCAAAAUCAGAGCAUUAAGGUGAAGACCGAAGCUCUGAGCUCAAAUGAACAGAAAUCAGAGUCUUCUCCUUACUUCUCUUUCCCUUUGACGCCAAAGAGCUGCUUGAAGCUUGAGAGCAAUGUCUUCUCCUCUUCUUCAAAUCCAGAGAACUACGAGGGUCUGGAUUUGGAGAUUGCAGAUAUUAUCUGUGCUUCGAAUUCGACUACAAGUUCAGAAAUGUUGAAGAUAGAUUUUGGAGUGGAGCAGUUUGUGUUUGACAGUGAAUUUUCCUUUGAUUUUUAUUAGUCAGAGAGGCUCUGCUGAUCUGUUUCUUGCUUCAGAGUAUAUAUAGAUUGUAUGGUAAGUACGAUGUGAUCAAAUCAUGUAAGACCAAAAAGGCAAAAACCUCUCUGCAAUUCAAAAUAGAGGGUGUUUCUCUCCUUAAAACAGUGAUGGUAUAAGCCUUUAUUCAAGUUUCUCAGUUAAAUGUAUACUAUAAUAGAAAUUGAGGGGAAAGGGGGUUUGUUUUAAAGUCUUUGCUGGAAAGAAUAGGAUGAAAAGAAGAUGAGGCUGAAGGCAGUUUUGGAA